UUUUUUCGCGCGUUUUGCUCUUCAAGUUAAGCCUGAUAGCUACUAUGCCUGUCAAAGCUGUUUGCCACUCCCAGCUUUUAUUGCUGUCAGGAAGUCACUGAUGCCCUAUAUAGCAUAUAUAUCACCCGGCCUCAACUGAAGACAACAGCAGUAGUUUAUGUUUAAACCGUCAAAGAGCAUUUGGAGCAAAAGGCAGAUCAUGUGGCUUCAGCAGAGGUUAAAGGGGCUGCCUGGUUUGCUAUCGAGCAGCUGGGCCCGCCGUGUUUUGGUUGGAUUACUGCUCUUCCUCAUCUUCUACUGGUAUUUGAGCUCAGAUGGGCUCCUGAAGUUUCUAAACAUGUCUAGGGAGCCUGGGGGAGCUGCGGGGGUGUGUUUGCAGACUGAUCUUCACAGGUGGGUUUCGCUUGUUGACAGAGGGGAGGGAGUGGUUCUUAACCCCCAAACCAAAGAAUCAGUUCCAGUUGUGGUCGGUAAUGGACAUUUUCUGGUGGAUGUGGACUCUAACAAACUUUGGGUAGCUUCAUCUUCACAGCCUGGGUCUGCACCGGUUCACCAAACAGACUACAGCCCGAUAGUGCGGUUGCAGGUGCCAGGAACGCUCUCUGAAGCUCGGGGACUGAUGCUGUGGUACAGAAAAGGCUCUGUGCUGUCCUCCCGGUGCUUCCUGACAGCUAAUUCUCAUGACUGUAUAGUCGUACGCGAGGAAUUUGUUGCGCAUCGCAGCCGACCCAAUGUUUAUCUUCAGAGGAUUCACGUGUCAAACCCUACAGACCAUGUGGUUUCGAUUGACGUGGUCAUGGAGUCUCUUUCAUUUAGGAGCACCAUCGAGAAGAUGGAGGACAAAGAAUUCAUGCUGUCCUCAGGUAGGGUGCUCACGGAAAAGAAGGACACUGUGUUAGUGGUGGUGGCCACAAAGAGACUGGGCACCAAGAUCCAGGUUCCUCCCAAAUCUGAAUACUCAGAAAACCUGGUGAGUGUGAUUCACACGUCAGAGCCCACCGAGAGUGGGAAACUGGACGAGACUCUCAGCAAGCUCAGAGAAGGAGUCAAAAGAGAGAUGGCGGAUGUCCUCCGAGCUAAUGUGGAAGAAUUAAUGCAGGAUCACCAGCAAGCAUGGGUGGAUCUCUUCAUAUCUGGUGUGGAAAUCAGAAAGAUCACAGACGCCCAUACUCCGUCUAGUCGUACAGUCAACAACACCCUGUACUACAUUCUGUCCACCUCCACAGCGCCCCUACUAGAUCAGAGUCUCACAGCAGAAGAGCAUGAACGACUGGAGUCCAGUCUGAAUUACGCUGACCACUGCUUCAGCGGCCACGCCACCAUGCAUGCUGAGAACCUGUGGCCGGAGCGUCUGACAAACGUAGCUCAGAUCCUGCAGCUUGUGAAUCUCUGGAACUUGACUUUCCAGAAAAGAGGAUGCAAGGUACUUGUUGCAGCAGGCACUCAUGGUAUGAUGCAAGGCAUGGUCCUUAGUUUUGGAGGUCUGCAGUUCACCGAAAACCACCUUCAGUUCCAGGCAGACCCCGAUGUCCUUCACAACAGCUACUCUUUGAGGGGUAUCCAUUAUAAUAAAGACCUCAUCAACCUGGCCGUAUUGCAGGACGUCGAAGGCAAACCCUUCCUGCAUGUGUCCGUCAAGCCUCAGGAGAAACCUGUGAAGCUGUACGCCUGCGAGGCCGGCUGCAUGAACGAGCCUGUGGAGCUGACCUCAGAGCUGCGAGGUCACACGUUUCCUGUGAUGGUCACCCAGCCCAUCACGCCUCUACUGUACAUCUCCACCGAUCUCACUCACCUGCAAGACCUGAGGCACACGAUGCACGUCAAGGCCAUCUUGGCUCACGAGGACCACAUGGCCAAACAGUACCCUGGCCUGCCCUUCCUCUUCUGGUUCAGUGUGGCAUCUCUCAUCACGCUUUUCCACCUCUUCCUCUUCAAACUCAUCUACAAUGAGUACUGUGGGCCUGGAGCCAAGCCACUCUUCAGGAGUAAGGAUGAUGUUACUGUCUGAAGCCUAAUCCAGUGUGCAGAAACAUUAAAUAUGGCUCUAUCUCUGGAUGUCCUCUCAGGAUGUAGCAGUGUAUAUAAGAUAAAGAUAUGUUUUUCCAUU